AUGUCGACGGUCAACGAUGCGCUAAACGACGAGUGCGAAGCGCUGAACUCCAUAUACGGCGACGAUACCAUAACAAUUACGGGCAGCUCUCCUGACACGGCCAUAUUGAAAUUCCCAAACCAGCCGUUCUCCUUCCUCCUCGAGUUCCCUCAAGAAUAUCCCGAUGUACCGCUGCAUAUCACCGGCACUCAUUCAACGGGGAACACGGCAAGAGGCGCGGGUGAAGUCGCGGUGACAGCUCUGCAUGGAAUAUUAGGCAACGUAUAUAGGCCUGGUGACGUUUGCCUAUUCGACCUUGUUGAAGAAGGCGGGCCGGCGUUAGAAGCGCUAGCUGGUCAGCAUGGCGAGGCUCAAGAUACCACAAAAGAUGCUACGGACAGGUCAGCUACAAGUGAACAUGGCGAGGAGCUGGCGCUGACAAGCGAUCCAGCUGCCAACCUGCCACCUCCGCAGUGGGCCAUCACUGAGGCGACGACAGUGAACAAGUCUGUCUUCGUGGCUCGAGCGUGUCAGGUCUCGUCCAUGACAGAUGUCACAAACGCUGUAUCACAUUUGAUAUCGUCCAAUAAGAAAGUUGCGGGAGCUACACACAAUAUCAAGGCCUGGCGGUUCAAAAACGAGUCUGCCGCUACCACGCAGGACUAUGAUGAUGACGGUGAGUCAGCUGCCGGAGGCAGGAUGUUGCAUCUGAUGCAGCUCAUGGACGUGUGGAACGUGCUUGUGGUGGUGACUAGGUGGUAUGGUGGAGUGAAGCUGGGCCCUGACAGGUUCAGGGUCAUAAACAACGUUGCCCGCGAAGCUCUGCUGAUCGGAGGCUACGUAAAGGAGGAGAAGACGAAGUCAAAGAAAUGA